CGCAGUGCGCUCGCUGAAGUUUGGAGUGAUUCGUGGAAGUUUUAGAUUUGGAGGAAAAAAAGCACGGCUGAAAAUCGGGAACUUGUAAAAUGGCUUUUCGCAGGAGAAACAAGAGUUAUCCUUUCUUCAGCCAAGAGUUUCUCAUUCAGAAUCACGCGGACAUUGUGUUUAGUUUGGUGAUCUUUGUUUUGAUUGGACUGAUGUUUGAGACAACAGCGAAAACAGCCAUUUUAUUCAUCCAGCCUCAGUAUAACAUCAGCACCAUGAGCACAGAUGGAGAGGUGACUCUGUAUCAUUAUGGAUGGAAAGACUGUGCCACUGUCCUCUUCUAUCUUUGUAUCACCAUCAUUCUUCACGCGGUGGUGCAGGAGUAUGUGCUAGAUAAAGUAAACCGACGUCUGCAUCUGUCAAAGAGUAAAAACACAAAGUUUAAUGAAUCUGGGCAGCUGUGUGUGUUUUACCUGGUGUCCAGUUUAUGGAGUCUCUACGUCAUCGCCACAGAGGGAUACAUUCUGCAUCCCAGCAGCCUUUGGGAGAAUUAUCCUCAUGUUCACCUGAGGUUUCAGGUGAAGUUUUUCUACCUCACACAGCUGGCGUACUGGUUUCACACACUACCUGAGCUUUACUUCCAGAAAGUAAGAAAGGAGGAAAUCCCACGUCAGCUGCAGUAUGUCAGUCUUUAUCUGUUACACAUUCUGGCUGCAUAUCUGUUAAAUUUGACGCGGGUCGGGCUGGUUUUGUUGUUUCUGCAGUAUCUUUCUGAGAUGGGUUUCCAUCUGUCUCGACUGUUUUACUUCGUUGAUGAAAACCAGCACAAAAUGUUUGAGAUGUGGUCUGUUGGGUUCGUCCUGACCCGGAUGAUCACUCUGACUCUGAUGUUCCUGGCUGUGGGCUUCGGUUUGGCUCGUUCUGAAAACCAGAUGCUUGAUUUGGAGACGGGAAACUUCAACACUCUUUCUAUCAGGCUGCUGGUGUUGUUCGUGGUGUGUUUCACUCAAUCAUGGCUGCUCUGGAAGUUCUUCCGUUUCCAGCUGAGCCGAACACGCGAGCUGAGACUGGAGCAGGCGGCCCGGAAGAGAGCGGCCGCUAAACAGCAGAUGCAGCGCACGCUCAAACGGGAUUCAGUUGGUCACCAUGAGAAUGGACUGAUUAAAGCAGAGAACGGCACAUCUCCUCGUCUCAAGAAGAUCAAGGCGCCGUAAACUUCAGCCCCAUUCCAGCGCAUGGCCUCCACACAUCGAGGGCACAGGAACAGGAAAAUGUUCAUCUGCCUGCUGCUUCCUGUUUCCACAUCAAGAGAAGUGCAUGUGGCAUUUCUCAGAGGAAGUGACGAUGGCACCCUCAGCGGGCUCUGGUCAACGUACUAAACUUCUCUUUCCAGUUUCAGUAUUCAUGUAAUUUCUUCUGCAUAUGUUUGUAAACUUCACUCAGUCUUUCUUUAUUAAAGCGCUGUUUUGAGGUUGGUCUGUAUCUGCAUGUCUUGAGGUACAAAAGACCGUAGGCUUGACACUCAACGUAUUGAGAUGAUUUGAAUCUGAGGUGUUAUUUUGAGACUUCACACAUUCUGGGUUUGUAAUGAACAAAAGACUUGCAUGACAAUCCAAAAAAAAAAAAAAAAACAGCAAAAGAAACAUUGGAAAAUCAAGUGUUGUAGUAGUGAAAUGUCUUUGAACACACAGCUUUGUACGUUUAUGCAGUUUGAUAUGUGAUUGUAUAUGACAAUGCUUUAUAAAUAUUGAACAUUUUUGAAUAGUUAAA